UCACAUCUCACUUCUGCUGCGUGUCUCCGCUCCGCUUAGUUGUUUUUAGUCUUCUAGUUUGUCUGCGAAGAUCUUUUUCGUCUGUCACUUUUGACUCGAUCGAUUUUAUUUUGGAUUUUGCGUUUAGUUCGCUCAGUGCGCAUGAAUCGACGUAUUAUUCAUAGGCGCGCUUCCAUCUAGAGAGGAAGAGGCUCGUGUGUGCAAAAUUAUAUUUGAUCUUUUUUCCUUACCAAAUCAAUAAUUAUUUUAUUACCGAUCGUACCGUUGUUUUUAUUUCUUGUGGUUUAUUUUAUAAUCAUCAUACCUAAAACAAGAUAAAUUAACCUUUCCAUAAAACUUGUAGACAUUGAGUGGCGUUCUACAGUGUCUCUCAAGAUAACAAACAACACAAAAAUAUAUAAAAAUAAUAAAAAAAAUAACCGAAGCGAAAUCGGAAACGCUGGCAAUUAUAUUAUUCCUCCUUGUCCAAAGUGUGUGCGUCAAAAAGAGAGGAAUAGAGAUAAAAAUUAUUUGUAUAAUUCCCAAUCCCAACUUUUUUUUGACAGAAAGAAAAUUGCAUUGUGUGUAAAUUAAAAGAAUUAGCAAUAAAAUUGUACGAAUAGGAAAUUGCAUUGCAAAAUUAAUUAAUGGUAGUGCCUGCUGCUGCUGCAAGACAUGCGUAAAUGAGUCUGGGUAAUAAAAUAUACCUAGCCGUCGCCUUAUCUCGUUUAUUUUUGGAUUAUUAAGUAUACCAUCCGCGGCAGCAUAAUAAUAAAAAGAUACAGAUACUAAAUAAAACUAGAACCAAAAGCAAAACCAUAACAAAAAUUAAUCCAACAAUUGUGUAAAGUGUAAAGUGUAAUUGUGACGUUUGACAGAUAAAUUCGCCCGGCAGAAUAUUGUGUUGUUCUGUAUCUGUUUACACAGCUGAGUGUUUUGCUUUAUAUUUUAAUUUAAAGGGGAAAAGGCGGUAGAAGAAGUAAAAACUACGCUCGACAUCGAUACUUAUCCUUAAGGAUAUCCUUGUUGCUUAUUUUUUUUCCAAACUGAGUUAUUUAAACGGCUACGCGGUGGAGAACUUUUACCUUAGAAUGGACCCAUCGCGAGGUGAUUCGCGAUACAAUCUGAACUACAGUAUGAGCAGUAUAGGGCUCAGCCUGGCAGACCAGACGGAUAUUUAUGGCAACCCUGGUGCGGCGGCUGCGCUGGGCGGCCGACCACCCAGUGGAGGACUAAUACAACCGAUGGGUGGUGGAAGUACUCCUGGCGGUGGAGGAGGAGGUGGUGGUGGUCGGACGGGUGGCAGUAAUCUAAUGUCAAACUCAAGUCAGUGUCAAUCGCUGAGCAACACGGGUAACGCUAGUGGCGGUGGCAACGGCGGCGGUGGACAAUCGCGAGGUAUUAAACGUUCGAGUUCAGAUUGUUAUGACGAUCAUCAUCGCGGCGGCAGUGGCUCUGGCGGUAUGACUUCCCAAUCAUUACAAGGACUAGAAUCGUGUGCCGGUGGAGGCAGUGGAAAUGGCACCAAUCCAGUCGGACAACAGGGCAAUGUGCCCGAUGUCGUCGAUGACAGCUACACUUCGUUGCAGAACAAGAAAUCACCACCGGCCAACGGCAAGAAAACAAAAGGCCGCGUCAAGAUUAAAAUGGAAUACAUCGAUAAUAAAUUGCGGCGGUAUACAACAUUUUCCAAAAGGAAAACUGGAAUCAUGAAGAAGGCAUACGAAUUAUCUACUCUAACUGGUACACAAGUAAUGCUCCUAGUUGCAUCAGAAACAGGACACGUUUACACAUUUGCCACACGCAAAUUGCAACCAAUGAUUACAUCAGAAGCUGGCAAACAACUGAUCCAGACUUGUUUAAAUUCACCAGAUCCGCCAAGUGUUGGCGGUGGCGAUCAACGGAUGUCAGCUACAGGCUUCGAGGAAACCGAACUUAGUUACAAUAUAGCCGACGAGGAUUCAAAAGAUGAUCGAUCACCAAUGUCAUCGGGAAAUGAAUCAGAUGAAUCUUCAGACGUUGAUUCGCCAGGACCUCCGAGCUUGAAGGCCACCCAAACCCUUUUGACUGAAUCUCCGCCAACUGUUUCAUCAGACGCACCAUUGAACUCUCAAAAUCAAACCAAACUCCAAGUUCAACAGCAUCAGCAGCAGCAACAACAACAAUCAGUUGCUGCUUCAUCUUCUACAGUGACAACAAACAAUGAACCCAUCUACUAUGACGUAUUCAAACCGGCACCAUCCGCGUCAUCAGCAUCGGCAUCGUCGACUUCGGCGUCAAACCAAAAUCAGCCGAGUAACAUUGUUUAUCCGGCAUCAGCACUAGCUAACAUACCCCAGGAGGUGCUCCUAGGUCUAAUUCAGUCGGGCCACCUGCAACUGCACACCGAAGAAGAUGGAAGUGGACAUCAAUAUAUUACCAUACCGCUAUCUAUGGCUGCAGCUGCAGCAACCAAUAACAUUGGGGGUGGAUCAUCAACUCAGGUUACAGACCUUUCAUCAUCAUCUACUAGAGCAAAUGCUUCCAGGGCAGUAGAAAAUGCUGCAUCAUCAUCAGCAACAUCAACUGCUGCAACAUUAGCAGCAGGAGCAGGAGUAGCACCAUCGUCAUCAACAUCAUCAUCUUUAGGGAAUGCUGCAACAAGCAGAGAUACAAUUCGAGUUAAAAAAGAAUUUAAUGAUUAAGUUGAUGUUUUUAUUUUCUUCUCUCUCUUAAUUUCUUAUACUUUUUUGCAUAUUUAUGAAAGUUUUCUCUUAAAGAGCCAAACUUAGCCAAAAAACAAAAAUAAAAAUAAAAACUAAUUAAAACAAAAAAA